UCCUCGGGGAGGAACUGCCGCGCUCCGGCUGACUCCUCCGCGGGCGGGCGGGGCGGGGCAGGGGGCUCCGGGCGCGCCGGGAAUCGCGGGCCCCAGACCUGGACGCCGCCUGCCGCGGGGGACGCGCGGCCCCCGCCUCCGCCGGCUCCCACGAACCUCCAGACAAAACCCCAAUUCAGAAAUCGUUGGCGAGCGGCAGGCGAGGAGGUUUGGCCCCCACCAGGAACCCCCGCCGCCCCCGGGACGGCCGGCCGUGGGCGCGAUGAGCCAGGUGCUGGGGAAGCUGCAGCCGGAGGACGAGGACGACGACGAGGAGGAGGAUGAGCUGGUGGGGCUAGCGGACUACGGGGACGGGCCCGACUCCUCGGACGCCGACCCGGACAGCGGGGCGGAGGAGGGAGUGCUGGACUUCAGCGAUCCCUUCAGCACCGAGGUGAAGCCCAGGAUCCUGCUCAUGGGCCUGAGGAGAAGCGGCAAGUCGUCCAUUCAGAAAGUCGUCUUUCACAAGAUGUCCCCCAACGAAACCCUGUUCCUGGAGAGCACGAACAAGAUCUGCCGGGAAGACGUCUCCAACAGCUCCUUUGUUAAUUUUCAGAUUUGGGACUUCCCAGGACAGAUUGACUUUUUUGACCCCACGUUUGACUAUGAGAUGAUCUUCCGGGGAACAGGAGCACUGAUAUUUGUCAUUGACUCCCAGGACGAUUACAUGGAGGCCUUGGCCAGGCUCCACCUCACAGUGACCCGGGCCUACAAGGUGAACACUGACAUCAACUUCGAGGUGUUUAUUCAUAAAGUGGACGGUCUGUCAGAUGACCACAAAAUUGAAACCCAAAGAGAUAUUCACCAGAGGGCAAAUGAUGACCUUGCAGAUGCUGGAUUAGAAAAAAUUCACCUCAGCUUUUAUCUGACAAGCAUAUAUGAUCAUUCAAUAUUUGAAGCUUUUAGUAAAGUGGUUCAGAAACUGAUUCCGCAACUCCCCACUCUGGAGAAUUUGCUAAACAUCUUUAUCUCAAAUUCUGGAAUUGAAAAGGCGUUUCUAUUUGAUGUGGUCAGUAAAAUUUACAUUGCGACUGAUAGUACCCCAGUGGAUAUGCAGACCUAUGAACUCUGCUGUGAUAUGAUCGAUGUGGUCAUCGACAUCUCUUGCAUCUAUGGUCUCAAAGAAGAUGGAGCAGGAACCCCCUAUGACAAGGAAUCAACAGCCAUUAUAAAGCUGAAUAAUACAACAGUUCUUUAUUUAAAAGAGGUGACAAAGUUCCUGGCUCUUGUUUGCUUUGUCAGAGAGGAAAGCUUUGAAAGAAAAGGGCUUAUUGACUAUAAUUUUCAUUGCUUCCGGAAGGCCAUCCAUGAAGUUUUUGAGGUGAGGAUGAAAGUGGUGAAAUCGCGAAAGGUUCAGAAUCGGCUGCAGAAGAAAAAAGGAGCCACUCCCAACGGGACCCCUAGGGUGCUGCUGUAGGUGAGGUCUCAGGAGCAUCUUUUGAAAUCAGACUUUUCAGUGAGGCUGCUGCGCUGUGUUGCACUAGAGGAAGAAGGAGAUUGGGACACAUGACAUAUAUUUGUUGUAAAAAAAAAAAAUUCCUGCAACCCUCUUGAUCUUCUCUUUUUUAAAUAAAGUAAGCACUUUGAAGCAAAAACUUGUAUAUUAACAAUGAAGUGAAAUCCACUGUAAUUUCAUUACCUAAAUGUAAACUUUUAUGGUCUGUAGUAGGAAAAAUCCUGUGUGAGACCUGCCAGGAACUGUAUAUAUUUUGCACUUUUUCAUGUUUUUUUCUCAUUGGACUAAACUUUGAUAAAACAACUUUUCUAAGCUUUUUUCUGUACUUGGUGUCAAGGACAUGUGUACUGUCUCUAUAUGGCAAUCAGAACAUCAAAAAGCGAUGCAUUGGCAAUGACUUUUUAUAAAUUUGGGGAUCUUUGCUACCAAUUGUUGAGCAAAAUCCUUUUUCAGUGGAGCUGGAACAGGUUGGGGCAGCAAGCUCCAGGAGCAAUAAGAACUGGCCCCUGCUUAUAGCUGGCAUAAACAGGAGUUUUGUAGAAUAAUAGCACCAAAUUUAUCUAGAAAUUUCUAUAGCCUUGGCCGUGCUUCCCUACUCAGCAGUUAUUACCGAGCUCUUUACCUCAACACACAUCUCUAUAAUCACUUUCUACAGAGAGCUUAUUUCUUUUUGCUGCGUUACUGUUCUAUAUAACCUUUGGGACCACAUUUCCAAAACGGUGCCGAUCACUGGAAAGAAAUAAGAAUGUUGCUGAAUUGCAGGGUUUCUGAUGGCUUGUCUGUACCUGCCACCCAAGCUAAAGUCACAUCAGAGGCCACAUGGUUUCCCAAAUGUAGGUGAUUGACAACUGCAGAUUUAAAAAUAUAUAUAUAUACAGUUCCAUGUGUUUGGCCCCUGUGAAGUGGGCCUGUUAUUGUGCAACAUUUGAAGUACUUAUUUAGGACCGGUUUUUUAUUGCUCCAUGACCACAAGGAAUGUCUCAGAUCUCUGCCACAGGGCCUAAUCCUGGUGGGCACAUUUGUCACCUCUGAGUCAUCUCCACUGUGACAGUGGGCCUUGUGGACUCUGCCUGUUGCCACCAUAUGGUUGAACUAGAGCUCAGCUUGCCAGCAGCUUGCUCUGCUCGGCUGAAAAGCCAUCCUGAAAACCCCUGAAGGUCAGCGGACAGAGAGUGGCCACUACAUUCAGCAUGGUUAGUUAUGUAUUUGUUUCUGUGAAGUUCUUCCACUCAUGUUUACCGUAGACUAACAGCAAGUUAGGACACUCCUAAAUCGACCCCCAUCCCAAACCAUUCCCGGUAGAUAAUUCUAGGUCCAUCCUCAGGGUCACUGCCCUGAGGCAUGCUUGUAGGUAUUAGAUUUUUAUUUUCUAUUUUUUUAGCAGAGCCUCAUAGGGAUAUCACAGCUGUUCCUAGCAAAAUGUAUCAAGUUUCUAAAGCAACUUGUCCUUGAAACUAUCCCACUUCUUUCUGUGGCUUCUUUCCAUCCUCUCUCCUUCUCCCCGAGUCCUAGUCCUCUGAGGCUGGUAACUGCAGUUUAAGAAGGUAGCUGAUUGGGGUUUGAAGUUUGAGCCCUCCCAAGGGUCUGUGCAUUUUGGAAGGAAAUUUCUUAAAAAUCGUGAAGGUGCCCUAACUCCCUUCCUUGUGAUUCUUAUGCAGAAACCUGGGUGGGUAGGACCCCAGGGCUCCAGGGAAGCCUUUUCGCUAAUUUCCAGACCUACACCCUGUUGGACCUUUGCCAGUAGGCCUGGUACAUGUGGGUUAUUCUUAUAAAUCUAAUUCUCUAAUAUUUUUUACACGAUGUUUCUUUUUGAAUAAGCAAGUAAAGGAUCGCUUUUCUAAUGCGACUUUAUCCUCCAGAUAGCGACACUCGCCUGUCUGGUAAAUCACACGUUACUUAGGUAUGUAUAUUAUUGUAACCAGGAGGAGCUUCCAUUUAUAAGCUUGGGUGUAUGAUGGGUUUUUGUUAAAAUGUGCCUUAAAAGCCUAUUACUUCAAGAGCAAAUGAUUCUUUGGGGGAAAGGCAAAAUUAAUGCUAUGGCAUAGGACCCAAGUUCAUGGUAGUAAGUGCACUCUGAUUAAUCACACACUAAUAUAUGGAUUACUGCCUCAAACCUGUAAGCAUGACAAUGACCUCUUAGUUAAAGACAGAUGUAGGAGUUACGUGUAAGCGUUCAGUUUUGAAGUCUGUGCUAUUGGAAUUACAAAAUCUCUUCAAUUCCUUUUGCAUUUUAUUUUUGAUAUGGGACUUAGCUUACUGUGACGUGUAUGGCCAUGUUUAGAUCUCAAAUCUAGUGCUAUGAAUACAAAGUCCACAUACAUGGCUACUGUGACUGCUCUGGAACAUUUUUGCUCCUUUUCAAAGGUUGAGAACUUCACUUACAGGUUUCUAGAGCAAUUAGAACUUCUCUGUGGAGGGGAGACUGUAAAUUAUCUUCUUUGCUUAUUUUCAGUGAUGUAGAUCAGUGUGUAUGACCAGGGUAAGGGUGUAUUUGAAGGAAUAUAAGUAAAAAACUGGUUGAUAUUCACACACAGUGUUAUUUUGUGAACAUAAUAUAUUUUGACCCUUAGAUAUAAAAUGACUAAAAACACAGCAAUAUUGUCAUAUACGGGUUAUAUGCUAACUCUGUUUGAAACAUACUCCAGAAAAACAGCUGAACUGUUUUGAUUAUUAAUAUACAGUUUGUAGUCAACGUACACGGGCUGUAUGUGAUUUGUAAUCAGGUAUGGUAUUGUGUUUUACUUUAAGCUGUAUGUCAUGUGUGACCGUUGUUAAACCAUUGCUUUCGAGAAUGUUAACUGACAAUUUAAAAGCGUGCGUCAUGCACUCAGGAGUUGAUAAGGCUCUCAUUUUAUUUCAGGCAUAUUCAUAACUAAUCUUUCUGGGAGCAGAACGGUCUCUUUGGUGAAAAGGAAGUAAGGUCCUCAUAUUUAUGAGGUUGUUUACCAUACACGCAUGUCACUGCUUCGUUGGCCCUGUUGGGUCCCUUUAGUAAAAUGUGUUUAUCCUGAUCUUAUGGAAAUGAGGAUAAAUUGCUCUAUUUAAAUUGGAUUCACACUUUUACUUUUUUUUAAAUCCUCUUAUCUCUCCAUAUUUUUGAUGGGGACAUGCCUCUUUUGAUUAUAGAACUGUAGAACUAGACAUCUGUUAUUUCAGUAAACUUUAGAUAUUAAUUCUUGCUGCUCUGGCCCUAAUCCCUAGCCAUCUGGAAAUUCUUCUCCAAGAGUUCACCUUACUGUUCCUUACUUGCUUAGUAAGACUGCACUCCAUAAUGACUUUUACAGAUCCCCUAAGAGUGCUCAGAGAAGGCUAGCAUUAGAUACAUGAAAUCCUGUUUCUGAUCGGAAAACCUCAUCUGAAAUAAUUAUUUCCAAGAUUCUUAAUCAGUGGUGAUGUUGAGUUUAGGAGAAAGAAAAUGUUAUUUUUAACAGAAUCGUUUAAGAAUAAUAAAUAUCGAUUGAGUGCACACAAUAUGCCACACCACUCUUAAACGCUUUUACAUGACUUAUCGUCAUAAACCCAGGAGGUAGGUACUGUUAUCACUCCUCUUUUACAGAUGAGGCAACCGAGGCCAAAGAGAUGAAAUAACUUGGUCAAGAUCGUAUUACUAGUAAGACACAAGGCCUGGAGUCUGACUCAAGUCCACCCUCUCAACCCUAAGCAGCCUCACCCAACAUCCCCUUAAAUGCCCUCUUUUCACAAACCUGAAGAGAGUGACUUGAAGUUUGGGAUUCACUCCUGCAUGGGCUUAUGAAGGCUGAAAUGCUGGGCUAUUUAAAAUGCCUUUUCUGAUGCAACAAUCAAUAGGAGCAGUCUUAUAAAUGUUCUUUACUCAGCGAAGAAAGUCAACAAAGAUUAUGUUUUUUUUUCCUAAUCCAUUAAGUAACUCUAGUGCCAAAAAUAAUAUUAACAGAGAGUGUUUAAAUAUCAGAAGAAAAUUUAAAUACUUUUUACAGCCAUUUGGUUUUUUAAGAAGCCAUAGUAUAUCAAACAGAAAAUCGAGAGAGAAUAAGCCUUCGAUCUUAGCUAUAUUCAGCCUUUUACCUUGAAUUUUUAAUAUAUAUAAUCAUAACUUAUAGAAAACAAAAUACUGAUCUGGAUUGAAAUUCAAAAAGAUACAUUUCAAUCUUAAUCUUUUCUUGAGCUUUAGACCUAUAUUUAAAAUUGCCAGUAGCAUGCCUUUACUGGAAUCUUCUGUAAGAGGGCCCUCAAAUCUAACGUGUCUAAAAUUGAACUGGCUUCCUUCUUGCUAAGUCUUCUCCUCUUCCUUCUGUGAUGGCAUGACUGUCCUCGCUGGCAUCCUUUCCAGAAAUGUGGGCCUCAUCUUGACUUUUCUUUCCUGCACACCUCCUCCAUUAAUCACCCAGUUCUUUCAGCUCAGCCUUACAAACAUCUGUUGAAUCUAUUCUCUCUGUCUCUUCUGCCACCAUCCUGGUUUGGACUGCCAUCUCCUCGUUUGGAUCUCAAUUGCCUCUUAACCAUAUCUCUGCCUCAUCCAUCCAUCCACUCCAUUCUCCGCACAAGACCCAGUGUGACCUUUGUAAAGAACCGUUCUGACCACAUCACUCCCUUGCUUAACACCCUUCAUAACUCUCCAUUCUGGAUAUCAAACUCCUUAAUAAAGUCUGCAAGAACCUGCCUCCCGACCUCCCUCUCCAGCUGUAGCUCAUCCUCCCUCAGCAGAGCUGAACCAGCGUGCCUGUACAGUGUGUGGUAAAUAAGAGGAAUGUGAGUUUUGACUCAUUUGUCAGUCAUUUUCUGAGGGACAUUAUAAUAUUCGUUCAUUCAAUGAUGAUUAAUAGGACACCUAUUAUAUGCCAGAUAUUGUGUAAAAUCGCUAAAAGACAGCCACUGGAGAUGGAAGGAUUUUAAUAUCUAAAAAUAACAGAAGAUAAACUACUUUAAUUUUAGAUAGGCCCUUAUAGGUGUCAGUUUUUACAACGACAGUUAUAUAGGACUUCACCACUCCAGCAAAGACCAUGGAUAGCCAUAACUACCAUCUGAGAGGUUAAGUUGUUCAGCCAAUAGCAGAUCAAAAGCUACAUUUAAUGUUAAUUUACUAUAAGACUAAAUAUACUAUAAGAAGUAGGCUGUGAAAGUGGAAAUGUUUAUUGAAGUAGUGCCUUUCCUUAUAAUUAAGAAAAGAGGUGAAUUAUCUUACAAGUCAGUUUUAAAUGUUAGUUAUUUUAAUGUUCAUACUUUUCUAACUUAAUAUAUAUAUGAAAUCAAUAUCAUUUCCAGAAUUAGGCUUAAUAAAAAGUUUAUUUUACUGUUACUCCUCUUUUCAAUCUGUUUCUCCCAGGGACCUAUGAGGGCUGCCUAAGGUCGAUGUUUAUGUUCUCUUAAUAUGUGGACAUGAGGACAGUAGAAGAUGUGAGAAGAAUCUGAUGGUAGAAUAUAGGCUAACGUAGAGCUUUUUUAGAUCAUCUAGAAUUUUGAAAGGUUGGAUGAUACUUUAAAAUGUGCCAAAUUUGGCCCAGCAGGUCCUCAAGCAUCUACUUUUAUCAUAAAUUCAACUUAAGUUCAGGCAGUGAUCCUGUUUUGGUUGUACCAUUAGUAUCUUUGCAGAUUUUUCUAAUAGUCAUGGUAAAGUGAAAAAACAGGCUUUAAUAGUCCUUAUUAUAAUUUUAAAGAUACUUCAAAUUGUAUCAUGUUAUUCCAAGGAACAAUUCAGUUCCACCAAAACAAACAAAUAAAUUUAAAUUUAUUUUCUGUAUAAAACAUGUUAUUAAAAAUAAGUAAAUAAAUAAAAACAAACAAAUUAGAAACAAAAUCCAAAAUGAGAUCUUUAAGACUAGUCCAGUAAACACCAGUCAAUAGUUUUUCCUUGUAGAAUUUUGCAUUUUUAGUUUCAGUAAAUGAUUUAGCAGUUAAAGCUGAGAUGGAGUCCAGUCCUCAGUAUUCAAUCUUGAAAAAAUAAACUAUCUUAAAAAGCAGAACCGGGCAGCCCUGGAGGCCUCAUGGUUAAGUGCAGUGUGUUCCGCUUUGGUAGCUGGGCUUCAGUUCCCAGGCACGGACCCACACUGCCCUGUCAGUGGCCGUGCUGUGCUGGCGGCCCACAUCCACAAAACAGAGGAAGAUUGGCACAGAUGUUCGCUCAGGGCAAAUCUUCCUCAGAGGAAAAAAAAAAAAGAACCACCAUGUGAACUCAGGCCCAAAGCAAUGUUUGAAUGGUAUGCUUAAAACUGCCCUGAAACAGAACUAUAGGACUUAACCCUUUAUGAAAUCCAUUUGAAACUUUUUAUUGUUUCGAGCCACAAUAAAUACAAUUCACGUUUCAGCCUAUCACACACUCAUACUUAGAAAUAUUACUUUUAAAAAAUCCUGUGAAGUGCUAUUCUUUCUACAUGCAAUGCAUUCUAGUAUUUUUCUCUUUCAUUUCCUUUUUUAAAAAGAUCUCACAAUCCCCUAAUGGGUCUUGACCUACAAUUUGUAGAGCAUUGCUAGGGAACCCAUUAGCCAGAUCAAAGAAAUCUGAGGAUUUUCUUUCUAGCCUAAAAUAUUUUCCUUCUCUCUGUGAAUUUUAAGAUCUUAACAAACAUAGGGGAAAUUCUGAGGAAGUUCUUGAGUUUUUCUUUCUUUGGAUCAGGGCUUUCUGCUGUGUUUACCAGAGCCGUUUUCCUUGCCUUUGCCCUCCCUCGGAUGUUUUUGUCUGCUGGGUUGUACUAGCAGUGGGGGUCCCAGGGGCUGGAGUCCUGAGAGAUCCUGUUUUACUAUAGACCCUGUCUUUGAAUAUAGUAAGGAAUUAACUUGACUUGGAGUUUGGUGACUCAUGAGUUCAUAUCUAACUUCUGUGGGGUCCUUUGUUAAAUCAGAUGACGUUGGUCUUAUCCGGUAUCAAAAAUCUGUGUGAGUUUUGCCCUUUUGCGCUAUUUUGACACUCCCAAGAACCAGGUGGACAAGGCCCUUCCCCAGGAAAGGGAUCUGAUCUGCCUCCCAGGGUGGAGGGAGAGAUGGAGGAGGACGUGCACUAGCGUCCAGCUGCCCGAGGCCUUGACCGCCUGCUUCCUCAAACUGUACUAAGAAUCUGCUGGGACAAGGGGAUCUUUCUAGUCCCCCAGAACUGAGAGUCAAAAACCUAAGGCCCUUUCCUUGAAUGGCCAACUACAGCAGAGCAAUUAACAUCUCUGUUUCUUCCAUACUAACCCUCACCAGCACUGGAGAAUUCCAUUACUACGAACUGUUUGUGUUUGCUUCUGGCUUCCAUGAUUGCCCAAGUCCCUCUGGCUGCUACCCAAUUCUCCCUGCCUCUGGCCUUGCGGGGAGCUCACCCCUGUGGUGCCCUGCUUUCAUCACCUGGACAGUCAGUUACCGGCAACGAACUCCAGACUUCCAGCCCUCUGUAAGGUGGUCUUGGUAACGAGGCUCUCACUUCCCCUCUAUGGGAAGCAGCCAGUAAAGGGGGCGGAGUGGGAGAGACCAGUCCUGUAUGUCUUUCCAUCUCAGUAGGAGAUGAAGGAACUCAGGUUUAUAAUGGGCAAGAAACGGUGCCACCAAUUCCUGUCAUACUGUUUCAUUUAAUGCUCUAGGCCAGUGUUUCCCAAAGUUACCUGAUCUUAAGAGUCAUCUAGCAUGCUUAAAAAUGCAAAUUCCCUCUCUGCCCAAGUCUUCUUGAAUCAGAAUCUCUUGGCAGAGUUCUGGGAAUCUGUAUUUAAAUACGCAUUCUAGACAAUUCUUAUAAUUUGGGAGACAUUGUUUGGGCUGUAGUUAUUAAAAGGGAUGGGGAAGGGGCAUGGUGGAAGGCCAGGAUUGGAAUCGCCUGGGGAAGCUCUUGUCACUCCUCCACUCCGUAAACACACACACACACACACAUGCCACAAGUGUUAGUGUCUUUUUCCAACUUGAUUAUGUAGCUUUAAAAUCUACAUUACUUAAUUACAGUUUCAGUCUAAAUUUUUAUGGAUGUAAAUUAAAAACUCAAAACCAUUUAUUAAUUUAGAUAUUUAAAUACUUAUUUACAUUUAAUGCCACAAGUUAUACAAAAUCAUAUUAAUUUAGAAAAAUUGCUUUUUGCUCAAUCAAAUCAUUUUAUUCAAAUUCUUCACAGGCGUCUUCUACGGCACGGUCUUUAUCAUCAUUGGAACAACAUCUUUAGUCAUCUCACAGUUCCCUUGUAGUUAUUUAAGAUAGAACAUGUUUUAAACUGAGUAGGUUAGUUCUCAAUGAUUCCAAAUGAAAAGGACAGGAAAAAAAAUUGAGUAGGAUGCCGUCAGUGGAGAUUUUACUGAGUCUCGAGAACCAUUUGUUAAACAUUAGGUUAGGGGUUUUUCCCCUUGCAAAUUCGCAGUCUCCACAAAUAGUUACUUCUUGUAUUCUUCUUUUCAAUGACUUUUAAAAAAGCCUACUACUAAUGAUCUCCAAUGCUUGUUCUCCAAGGUCAUAUCCUCAGGAAUAAUUAAUAAGUAUGUCUUCACCUUUUCCCCCUGAUUUUGUUAGGUGACUCUUAUAAGAUAGAAAACUGCCAUUGCUUGAGUCCUUUCAAGACAUAUUGUCUUCCUGAAUUCUGGCAUAUAUGAUAUAUAUAUAUAUAUAUUUAAGAAUAUCUGCACCUAAACCCAACUUCAACUUCUGGGAAAGUCAGACUGGCCCAGCUAUUUUCUCACGAGAUGCUAGAAGGCAGAUGGAGUGUGGCAUACCUGCACCUUUUGCUUAUUUUGUGCUAAAAGAAUACAUUGUAGGGAAGUCCAAGACUGUUUUUAGAAGUUGAUGACUUGGUUAUUAUUCAGUUCGUCUAUCAUUGUAAAGUGGAUUUUAACAGGAAGCGGUGUAGGGCUGUUUGUUCUAAAGACUUAAAUAAUAUUGCUGAAAUGCCCUGUGGCUGCAGAGUUACUCUAAGAAGUUCCAUAAUUCACGUGUGCACUGAGCAUUGUCUGUAGACUGAAGAAUGUUUCACAUAUCAAUAACUGUUAUUUUUUCUGGAAGUUUGUGGAUGCUAUAGUGGUGAAUAAAAUACAAAUUUGUUUAAAAGUA